CAAGAGAAAUCUCUCCCUUGUUUUUCCCCUUCUCCCAAAGGAAAAAGAAACAGACAUCAGCCUGGAUUCAGAGUUGGUGGCAGAAGACCAAUGGAGAGAAAGGCGAGUCAAAGAAUCUGCCAGUUCCCGGAGGAAAGAAGAACAACAUCUGAGCGUCUUCCUCUGCAGAGCUUGGGAGAGAUGGAUCAGCCCUAAAACAACACCCUUUGGUGAGGCGAAGCAUCCAGCGGCAUGCCUGUCUCCUGAAACAAUCUCAGCGGAUCCGACUCAGAAGGGUGAUUCCUGCUGACUUUAACACCACAGAUCGGAAUCAGAUCGACACAGAUCGGAAUCCGACUGGCGAUUCCUGUCACCUCUGGCAACCUAGAUCAGAAUCAGAUCAACACAGAUCAGAAUCAGACCAGCAAUUCCUGCUGCCUUCAACGCCACAGAUCGGAAUCAGAUCAACACAGAUCGGAAUCAGAUCGACACAGAUGGGAAUCAGAUUGGCAACUCUGUCCACUCUGGCAGCAGCUGCUUGAAGAAACUAUAACAUAUUUGGGGCAGGUGGAUGAAAUAGUGAGAAAAAGUAGUCCACACCCAAUCUGCACCAUCAUUUGGGCUGCUCUGGUGGCACCUUCCAGAGACUACCUUCUCCCCAAAAUGGAGGUGAGUGGACUUGGGAGGUCAGAGUGGAGCAACAACUCUGUGCCCCCUGGCCUUUCCAACUGGUCUUUUGUGGAUAAUGUUGACGUCUGGGGUGAGGCGGCCAUGGCCCCAUUGGACAACUUGUCUGGCUUAAGGACUUUCAUCACUUUGGUCUACUCGGUGGUCUGCGCUGUGGGGCUGCUGGGGAACGGCCUCGUGAUGUACCUGAUCUGGGCCCAGAAGGGCACGCGCGCGCCCGUCAUCAACGUUUUCGUCUUCGGUUUAGCGGUGGCUGAUUUCCAGUUCUCCUUGACGCUCCCCUUCUGGGCGGUGGAGACUUUCCUGGAUUUCACUUGGCCGUUCGGCCAAGUCCUGUGCAAAGCGAUCCCAUUCCUGACCGUCCUGAGCAUCUACGCCAACGUCUUCUUGCUCACCGCCAUGAGCGUCACGCGUUACUGGUCCCUGGCGUCGGCCCUCAAGGACGGGAGAAGGAUGACUCCUCGGCUGGCCAAGUGGAUCACCCUGGCGCUCUGGGGCAUGGCCCUGGGGACUUCGGUGCCCGCCACCAUCUACACCACCGUGGUUCACAUCGCCGGGGUGGAGGUAUGCAUCUUCAAGUUCCCGACCCCGUUCUGGCUGGGCGUCUACCACCUCCAGAAAGUGGUGAUCACCUUCGCGAUCCCACUGGUGGUCAUCUCCAUCUCCUACCUCCUCCUCCUGAGGCUCCUCAGGAGCCACAGAGUCAACGGCAACAGCCCCAAGCGGCAAAACCAGGUGGCUACCACCGUCCGCCUGGUGGUCGGCUGUUUCUUCGUCUGCUGGUUCCCCAACCACGUGGCCACCAUCUGGGGAGUGCUGGUGAAAUUCAAGGCCGUGCGCAUGGACGAGACCUUUUUCUUCUUGCAGAAUUACAUCUUCCCGCUCACGAAGUGCCUGGCGCACUCCAGCAGCUGUCUCAACCCUGUCCUUUACUGCCUGAUACGCAAGGACUUCUGGGAAGCGAUGAAGGAAACCUUUCGGAGGGUCUCCAAAAUGGCCGCCUCCUUACAGCAUUCUUCUGCCCACAAGACCAUGGAGGAGGCCAUGUUGAUGGUGGUGCCCUUGAGCCCCUCUGGACCUCCCCACAAUUCCAAAAGUGUAGAGAAGGAAGACUCCACUCUUUCCACCAUCUUGGAGCCGAGAGCGAAGGCCGCAGACCUGGGUGCUGAGGUACAGAUGCUCCCUGGGGUGGAAAUACCGAUGUGAGGUCCAGGAGAACCAAGAGAUCUCACGUUCGUCUCCCUGACUGCAGAUCCUGAGGAAAACUGGUCCGCGGUUGGCUUUGUUCUCACAUUCUGUUGCUCCCAAACCAAAUGGGGUGUUGAGGAGCCCACGGUUUUCAGUGCUGAAAUUCCGCCUUGGCCCCUGUGGAGUCAUCCUGCAGAGUUCUCCUGACCAUGUGCUGAGUGUACUUCAUUCAUCAGCAGAAGACUAAGGGAGUUAUGAGAGCUGUCUUGAAAAACCUGAAGGUCUGUCAGAGAGCGCUCUCAUUCCCUGUGGCUCCUGAGGGCAGGGCUCAGAACCUGUGAGUUGAAAUGACAAGGCAGCAGAUUUAGGCUAGAUAUUAAGAAGAAUUUCUGAACUGUUCAGAGCUGUUGGACAGUGGAACUGCCUGCCUCAUGCAGUGGUGAGUUCUCUUUUGCCGGAGGUUCACAAACAGAGAACCCUUUAACCCCAUCUGUCUCAAACCUUCAGUCUGUUUAUUUAUUUUAUUUAACAUAUAUUUUUAGACCGCCCAAAACUCACAUCUCUGAGCGGUUUACAACAAAGCAAAAUAAAUGACAACAGAAAAGGUUAAAACACUGGUUCAAACAAAAUAAACAACAGAAAAAGUCAAAACGUUGCAAUUUAAUUUUUUUUUAAUUUAAAAAUGUUAAAACUAUGGAAGCAAUGUUUAAUUAAAAGCCUGGGUGAACAGAUGUGUCUUUAAAGGCUUUUUAAAAGUUGUCAGAGAUUGUGAGGCUCUUAUUUCAGCAGGGCGUGCGUUCCAAAGCUCUGGGGCAGCUGCAGAGAAGGCCCGCCUCUGAGUAGCCCCCAGACGAGCCGGUGGCAAAUGCAGAUGGACCUCUCCAGAUGAUCUCAAUGGGCAGUGUGGUUCAUAGCAAAGAAGAUGCUCUUUUUAAUUCCCAGGGCCCAAGCUGCUUAGGGCUUUAUAGGUUAUAACCAACACUUUGUAUGUUGCCCAGAAACUUAUCCUUGAU